AUGGGACGAAGUCCAAAAGCCUGGUUUCCAAAAGUCACUCAAGACUUUCUAGCGCAGUACCAAGCUACUUAUGGCACGAUGCGAGAGCCGAUUCAAGCGCCAGACGGGACAAAGUACAGUUGGGACGACGAGAAGAAAAACUACUUUGACGAAAAAGGCAAUCAGCUGCCAGAAAAUGGCUUUGAUCAUGAAGGAGUAAAGUAUACGUAUGACAUUGAAAACUUGAGAUGGCUGGCUGAUGGAAAACCACUAGGAAAGGGAAGACAGAUUUAA